UUUUUACACAUUUAUGGGUAAAAAUUGCUGUUGGGUAAAUGUUAGGCUUCACCAAUGUUGGUGAGAAGUUGAGUCAUUAAAGUUUGGUAAUCUUUACCCAACAAAAGGGUACAUAGUGCUUGCUUUAAUCGUCAUUCUAGAUGUUGGGUAUAAAAUCAGCCAUAAGCCCACCAGUUGGUUACUUUGACAUGAUUGAGGGCGCUAAAUAACCAACAAUCUGACACAAAAUGCAUCGAGAAUGUCAUGUUCGCGCAUGCUACUGGAGAACUUGUGAGCAAUCAUGGCGGAGGUUAACACGCUUGAAUACAUUCUUCAUGAAUGGGAGCUCGACGAGCUGUUCAAAACAUUCACAGAUAAUGCAAUAGAUAUAGAAGCCUUGGAGCUGUUAAGAGAAGAGGACAUUACACCGCUAAUUCCAAAAGUUGGGUUGCGAGUUAAGUUCUUGGCAAAGUGGAAAAAGCAAUUUGGACCUCGGGUAACAGCAAUACCAAUUCAGCUACCAAGGGAUAUGCUUGACUUUGGACCGGAAACGGCUUCUUUUGAUUGUCAGUCAAUGCUGAGUUCCAGUUCGGACUUCAGUGAAGUUGCACCUGUGUUAGGCACACCAGUAACAGGGGAUGUUUCCAGUGCAGCCUCUUUGUCAGACUCGGACAGUUGGGCUUCUUUUCCAUUGUCACAGAUGUCACCCCCACCCAUGAAAAGACAGAAGAGACUUUUGUUUGAUACCAAGAAGAUUCUUAGUGAAUCUCCAGAAGGAAAGAGUGUCACUCGGAGCAUCGAGCAAUCUGGAUUCUUGACGAAAAAAGUCAGGCAUCAACUAGUCAGGAUAUUAGUGAGCUACUUGAUUUCCCAUCAUGGAAAAAAGUAAGUACAUGUCUAUAAGGCCAUUCGAAUAUAAAGUUGGAUUUUGUUAAUGACAACAUGGAUAUGGGAACCUUCACACCAAUUUUGUGAAAAAGAGAAACAUGUUCAAAUGACAAGAAUGAUGUUCAUGAUUGAUACGUGCUCCAAAAAGGUUUUAAAAUAAAAAGAAAAGAAUAUAAAUUUAUUUGAAAAGUUACAGUGUCAUUUGAAAAGUGUUAGAUUUACGUAACCAAGAAUGACAGAAUGGCCUGGAAAGGGAUGACAGAAAUAACAAAAUAAAGUUUUCAAAUGCUGCUUAAUCAAAAUUCUCAACCCAGAGUGUUUUUGGGGCAGUCAAAACUUAAAAACUAAUGAGGUUUAAAAGAAAUUACAUGUUCAUGACAGUAAAAUAAGUCUUGCAUGAGCAAGGCCAGCCAAUAAGUCAUAAACAUGCUUGUUCCUGUUUGUUGAAAUGUGCUUGCUGAAAUUGUUGUUAAUUCAUAUACCUUCUACAAAUUGAUGAC